UGCAGGAAGCGGCCGGGAGACGGUUGCGGGGCCGCUGGGCCGGGGCGCUGACGCGGCGCCUUUAAGAGGAGCCUCGUGCGGCGCGCUCCCCCCUUCCCCUCCGCCCUCACCGCCGCGCUCGGCCGCCAUGGGCUCGCCGCUCCCGCGGGCCGCCGCGCUGCUGCUGGCGGCGGCGCUGCUGCUGCUGGCGGCCCCGGCGGGGCUGCGAGCCGCACCGGAGGAAGAGGCCGGCCGGAAGAAGGAGCCACCGCCGGCGGCAGCUCAGGGAGCCGACCCGCGGGCUGAGAAGGGGUCCUCUCAGGUUGCUCCAGUUCCCGUUGCCAAUGAAGAGCCUGCUGACAAGACCAAUCUGGGCUUCAUUCAUGCCUUUGUGGCUGCUAUCUCAGUCAUCAUCGUUUCAGAGCUGGGGGACAAGACCUUCUUCAUCGCAGCCAUCAUGGCCAUGCGCUACAACCGGCUGACGGUGCUGGCUGGGGCCAUGCUUGCCUUGGGACUCAUGACGUGCUUGUCAGUGCUGUUUGGCUAUGCCACCACUGUGAUCCCUCGUGUCUACACGUACUAUGUGUCAACAGCUCUCUUUGCCAUCUUUGGCAUCAGGAUGCUGAGGGAAGGCUUGAAAAUGAGUCCAGAUGAGGGCCAGGAAGAGCUGGAGGAAGUUCAAGCAGAGAUCAAAAAAAAGGAUGAGGAACUUCAGAGAACCAAACUGUUAAAUGGGCCAGGAGAUGUGGAAUCAGGACCAGGCACCACAAUACCUCAGAAGAAGUGGCUGCAUUUUAUAUCCCCCAUCUUUGUUCAGGCUUUCACCUUAACGUUUUUAGCAGAGUGGGGCGACCGCUCCCAGCUAACCACCAUCGUCCUGGCUGCCAGAGAGGACCCCUAUGGAGUGGCAGUAGGAGGCACAGUGGGGCACUGCCUAUGCACUGGCUUAGCAGUUAUUGGAGGGAGGAUGAUAGCACAAAAAAUUUCAGUUAGGACUGUGACAAUCAUAGGAGGCAUUGUCUUCCUAGCCUUUGCAUUUUCUGCACUAUUUAUAAGUCCAGACUCUGGGUUUUAACAUUUUGCAUAAGAAGCAAGGAUUGGAAGCCUCCAGCAGCAGCUGUCCUUGUGGAUUUUUGUAUAUAAUGUACAGAACUGUAGUGAGAGGAGCACUGAAGCUGAGACACUGAACUGUUCCUAGCCGUGACCGAUGGGACUGGCACAGCGCUGGACAGCUGCUGCCCUCAGAGCUGCUUCUGGCCUGCUUGGUUUAUUCCUUGGUGCCUGCUGCCUUGGUGGGAUCUGUGUGG